GUCAAAAAAUUAAAUCGAACAUUGACGAAAAAAAAAAUCGUCUCUGUCACUGUGUGUGCAUGUUCUGUCGCACUAGAACCCGAGCUUUACUAUUUCAUUGAUUUGUGAAUUAAAGAAAUCUUCGGUUAUCAACAAAACAUACUAAAAUGGCAUGUACUGCAAGUAAAACUCCAUUUUUGAGAGCAAUUGCUACUCGUGGUUUUGCCGCUCAAGCCAGCCCAAAGGUUGCCAGCGCAAAAGUGAAUGAAUUGCAAGUAACGACAUUACCAAAUCAAACUAUUGUUGCAUCGAUUGAUGGAAAUUCACCGCUAUCUCAUGUUUCGAUCGCUUAUCGUGCUGGAUCUCGCAAUGAAUCCUACGAAAAACAAGGUACAACACACGUACUUCGUGCUGGUGCCGCUCUCUCAAAUGCGAAUAGUACCGGAUUUGGCGUGAUUGUAAAUGUUAAAGCAACCGGUGGUGAUCUUAGUGUUUUAUCGGAUCGUGAAUCAAUUGCAUAUAACGUUGAAUUGAAACGUGACGAAUUACCAACUGGAUUGAAAUACUUGCAAGAUGUAGCCACAAAACAAUCGUUCCGACCAUGGGAACUUAAAGAUUCCGUUUACCGUAUUAAGGAUGAUUUGGCCCGCGUACCAUCCGUUGCACGUGCCGUUGAUUUAUUGCAUCAAGCCGCAUUUUAUCGUGGUCUUGGCAAUUCGGUAUUCUGUGCAAAACGUAAUGUUGGCAAACUUUCACCUGAAGAUUUACACAGUUUCGUUUCGAAUUAUUUGACCGCUGACCGGGCUGUCGUUGUUGGUGUUGGUGUUGACCAUGAAUUACUCUGUGGUUAUUCCAAACAAUUGCAAUUGGAGGGUAAAAGUUCACCAAAUACACCAUCAAAAUACAAUGCUAGCCAAUUGAGAGUUGAUAAAUCCGGUGAUUUGGCUACCGUUGCCAUUGCAACACAAGGUGCAUCGCUUGCAAAUCAAAAGGAGGCCAUCGCAUUUGCUGUUCUUCGUAAUGUUGCCGGAUGCGGACCAAUUGUUCCAUACGGUUCACCAUCAGCCGCAUUAGAUAAAGUUGUCGAUGCAGCACUUCAAAAGCCAUACCAAUUCAAUACAUUGAAUGUUUCAUAUUCAGACAAUGGUUUGUUCGGUUUUGUUUUGCAAGCAAAUGCCAGCGAAGUUGGUAAAGCCGUUGAUGCUGCUGUGAAAGCUCUUAAGUCUGGUUCAGUUUCACAAGGCGACGUUGAUCGUGCCAAGGCACAAUUGAAAGUCAACAUUUUUGAACAAUUGGGAACAUCAACCGGUCGCUUCGAAGAUCUUGUUGCACAAGCUGUUCGUGGUGAAAUUUCCGGCAAAUCAGAACUUAUUGCUGCCGUUGAUGCCAUUUCAGUUGCAGAUGUUAAUGCCGCGGCGAAAAAAGUUGCAUCAGGAAAAUGGUCAAUUGGUGCUGUAGGUAAUUUAGCAAAUGUUCCACAUGUUAACGACUUGAACUAAGAAGUAAUU